AUGUACAUCAAACAGAUCAUCAUCCAAGGCUUCAAGUCCUACAAGGACCAGACCGUCAUCGAGCCCUUUUCUCCAAAGCACAAUGUCAUCGUCGGUCGCAACGGAUCAGGCAAAAGCAACUUCUUCGCCGCCAUUCGGUUCGUACUCAGCGAUCAAUAUACGCAGCUCAGUCGCGAGGACCGGCAGGGCUUGCUACAUGAAGGUUCCGGGUCCGCUGUGAUGAACGCUUACGUCGAGAUCAUAUUCGACAAUGAGGACGAACGUAUUCCCACAAGCACGAAGGAAGUCAUUUUGCGCCGCACGAUCGGCCAGAAGAAGGAUGAGUACAGCUUGAAUCGAAAGAAUACGACCAAGCAAGAAGUCAUGAACCUGUUGGAAAGUGCUGGAUUUAGCAGGAGUAAUCCGUAUUACAUCGUGCCUCAGGGUAGAGUGACAGCGAUCACCAACAUGAAGGAUCACGAGCGGUUGAAGAUGCUGAAAACGGUCGCUGGUACUGAGGUGUACGAAAACAGACGCGCCGAGUCGCGCAAGAUUAUGGAGGAGACGGAGACCAAGCGCGCUAAGAUUGACGACCUGCUCGACCAGGUGCGCACCAGACUCGGAGAGCUUGAAGAGGAGAAGGAGGAGUUGAGGGCCUUUCAAGACAAGGAUCGCGAGCGGAAAUGUCUGGAGCACACAAUUCACAAUAAGGACAAGGAAGCAGCAGAGGAGCAGCUCUCUAGGAUCGAGGAACAGCGUGAAAGUGGUGUCGACCAAAAUGACGAGAACGUUGAGGCACACAAGGAAGCGGAGCAAGAGUUGGAGGCAGUUGACGCGCAAAUUGCAGGGCUGCAGCAACAGGUCAAGCUGCUCUCUCAAGAGCAAGCGCAAUACAAGGAAGAGCGUACUGAAGCGGCACGAGCGCGAGCGAAAGUGGAAUCCGAGGUCCAGGCCAUGCAAGGCAACCAGAAUGCCGCACAGCAAGCACAAGCUCAGCGUGCCCAGGAUCUGAAGGAUGUCCAGGAUCAAAUCAAGCAACGUGAAGCGGAGCUCGCUGAGCUCCUACCAGAGUACCACGCCAAGCGAGAGGAAGAGCGUACUUUGAAGCAGCAAUGGCAGGAUGCUCAAGGAACUCUCCAGCGCCUCUACGCGAAGCAAGGUCGUCAGAGCCAAUUUAAAAGCAAGAAGGACCGCGACGCUUGGUUGAAGAGCGAGAUUGCCAGCGUGCAUGAGGCUCUGGCUACGCGAAAGGCCGUCAGCAUGCAGACCUCAGAAGAAGUCACAGAGGUGGAGCAGCAGAUCGAGCAAUUGGAGACGGACAUUGCGGAACUGAAGGAUCGGAUCGAGAAUCGCGGCGACGAGCAGCAGAACCUCUCGGCGGAAGUUCAGCAAGCCAAGGAUGAACGAGACGGUCUGCAAGACCAGCGCAAGGAGCUUUGGAGAGAAGAGGCCAAACUGGACAACGCCAUCGCCGCUGCCAGAGCAGAAUAUGACAAGGCGUCUAGAUUUCUCAGCCAGAUGAUGGACCAGAACACAUCUCGUGGUCUUGCCUCAGUACGUCGCCUCGUGCAACAGCAAGGUAUUGAGGGAGUUCACGGUACUCUUGGCGAACUGUUCGAGGUGAAUGAGAGAUACAAGACUGCCGCGGAAGUCACAGCCGGAGCUGCGCUCUUCCAUUACCUCGUGGACGACGAGAAAGUCGCUGAGAAGCUCAUCAAACCGUUGCAACAGGAGAAGGGCGGUCGCAUCACUUUCGUGCCUCUAAGCCGUGUCCAUCCAAAGCCUUUUGACGUCCCGAAGGCCAGCGAUGCAGUUCCGCUGAUCAGCAGGUUGAAAUACGACCCCAAAUUCGAAGGUGCAAUGCAGCAAGUCUUUGGAAAGACCGUCGUCUGCCCGAACCUUCAAGUCGCCGGGCAAUACGCCCGCAGUCAUGGAGUCAGCGCAAUCACGCCUGACGGAGACAGAUCCGACAAGAAGGGUGCUCUGACUGGCGGUUACUACGACACCCGCAAGUCACGUAUUGACGGCCUCACUCGCUUUGCUACUGCACGCGAUGAGCUCGAACGCAUUGAGGGUCGCAAGCAUGAGAUUGCUCAAGAGUUACGAGCAAUUGAUCAGAAAGUGACGAAGGCAAACAGCCAGCUCCAAAAGAUUGCUCAGAAGCGAGAUCAGCUUGAGGGCGGCUAUGGACCGCUCAUAGACGAGCGGAGACGCAAGGAAUACGAGCUCAACACUCGCCGCGAUGAGGUGGACAAGAAGCAAGAGCAGCGAGGGAAGAUUGAGGAUCUUCUGAAAUCGCUCGGCACGCAGUUGUCCAGCUAUGAAUCCGAAUUGCAAGCCGACUUUAAGAAAGCACUUAGCAAUCAGGAGGAGCAUGAGCUUGAGAAUGCCAAUGCACAGCUGCCCAAGCUCAAGCAGCAGCAUAUGGAAGCCAGCAAAGAGCUCAUGGAGCUGCAAGGCCAAAAGCGAAACAUUGAGGAUCUGCUCAACGUGAAUCUCCUUCCUCGACUCGACCAGCUGCAGGCGGAGGACUUGGACACUGAUGCCAAUAGGGAGGGCACCAGCAGCGCCAAGGUGAAGGAGCUCAAGGCCGAUCUGAAGCGCGCCACCAAGGCUCUGGACAGCAUUGACGCGAAGCUGAAAGAGAUUGACCAGCAAAUCGAAGAGCGUCAAGAAGAGAUGCAGAAUACCGAGCAGACCCGAGCGAGCAAGAGAGCCGAUCUUGAGAAGCUUGAGCAGGCGAUUCGGAAUCAUCAGAAGCUUAUCGAGAAAGGCGCAAGGCUGAAGGCUCAAGUUCAGACCCGACUCAACGAGGCCAACGCUCAUAUCCGAAACCUAGGUGCUCUUCCCGACGCCGCUUUCACUGCGCAAUACUUGAACAUGAAUCACGGUACUGCUACUCAGCGUCUGCACAAGGUCCAGGAGUCGCUCAAGAAAUUCGGAAAGGUCAACAAGAAAGCGUUUGAGCAAUUCAUACAGUUUGAGAAGGAUAGAGACCGACUCGAAGACCGACGCAAGGAACUUGAUAACAGCGAUUCUAGCAUUCGCGAGCUUAUCGAUGUGCUUGACCAGCGAAAAGACGAGGCAAUUCAGCGGACGUUCAAGCAGGUCAGCAUGCACUUUGCAGAAAUCUUUGAGAAGCUUGUUCCGGCUGGCAGGGGAUCACUCAAGAUUCAACGCCGUAGUGAUCGUGCGGUAAACGGCAACGCAAUGGACGAGGAAGAGAGCGAAGACGAGGAUCGCGGAGCUGGCGGUGUAGAGAACUAUGUCGGUAUCGGCGUGUCUGUCUCUUUCAACAGCAAGCAUGACGAGCAGCAACGCAUCCAGCAGCUCUCCGGUGGACAGAAAUCUUUGUGUGCUCUCGCACUCGUGUUUGCGAUUCAGAGAUCCGAUCCGGCGCCUUUCUAUCUCUUUGAUGAGAUUGAUGCCAAUCUUGAUGCGCAGUACCGGACUGCUGUUGCGCAGAUGCUCAAGGAGAGUGCGGAGACGGGACAAUUCAUCUGUACGACUUUCAGGCCGGAGAUGCUGCACGUGGCCCAGAAGUGCUAUGGUGUGAGUUACCUCAACAAGGCCAGUUCGAUUGAUGUCGUUAGUCGAGAUCAGGCGUUGGACUUCGUGGAGGGUCAGAUCAGUGGAAAGUAG